AUGGUGAAAUCGUAUCAACGUUUUGAACAAUCCUCCGUGUUUGGUGUUGUUUCCUCAGGUGAUAACUCUAUUUGGAUACCAGCUGAAAACAAAAGGACUAAUGGUCCUGGUCAAAUCAUUACUGGUGCUUUAGAAAAUGUCAAUAUUUGGGAUAUUAAGACUGGAGAAUUAGUCUCUCAUCUUUCUGAUGGGUUACCACCAGGUGCAAUUGAUGCAAGAACAACUAAACCUGCAGAAGUUACAUAUAUGCAAUACUACAGUGAUACAAGUCUUUUGGCUGUUGGUUAUGCUGAUGGUGUUAUUAAGAUUUGGGAUAUGUUCUCAAAAACGGUUCUUUUGAGUUUCAACGGUCAUAGGUCUGCUGUAACUCAACUUUUAUUCGAUUCCACGGGUACAAGAUUAAUUUCAGGUUCCAGAGACUCGAAUAUCAUCGUCUGGGAUUUAGUAAGUGAAGUAGGCCUUUACAAAUUACGUUCACAUAAGGAUUCCAUUACAGGUCUUUCGCUGCCCGAUGAAAAUUGGUUGAUGAGUGUUUCUAAGGAUGGACUCAUUAAGCUUUGGGAUUUAAAGAUUCAACAGUGUGUAGAAACACAUAUUGCACAUCCGGGUGAAUGUUGGGCCCUUGGUGUUGAUGAAGACGUUGUUGUCACUACAAGUUCAGAUUCUCAAAUAAAAAUUUGGCAUUUGGAUUUAGACGCCGAUGCUGGUGUUAAAGUUACAGAGAAGGGUAUUUUCGAGAAGCAGAGUAAACAAAGAGGUGUAGCAGUUAGUUUUAUUACUGUUUCAGAUGGUACCAAAUUCUUCUAUGUUCAAAAUGCUGAUAAAACCCUAGAAAUUAUUAGGCUGAGGAAAGAAGAAGAGAUAUCAAGAGCUUUAAAGAAAAGAGAGAAAAGGUUCAAGGAAAAAGGAAUGACUGAUGAAGAAAUCCAACAAAAUUUUAAGGAAUCUUAUAUCUCUAUUAUAAUGCACUCAUUCCAAGUCUUGAGGUCAGCGUUCAAAAUCAGAGCUGCUUCAUGGGCUGUCACUACGUCUUCCAAAUUGGAGUUAACAGUUACUACCUCUGGUAAUACAAUUGAGUACUACUCAAUACCGUACGAGAAAAGAGAACCUAAGCAUCCAACACCGAUCAGGGUUCAUUCCAUCGAGUUACAAGGUCACAGGACUGACGUUCGUGCCAUCGAUAUCAGUGAUGAUGGUAAAUUGUUGGCUACUGCUUCUAAUGGUCUAUUGAAGAUUUGGAAUAUUAGAACAAAGACUUGUUUAAGAACUUUUGAAUGUGGAUAUGCAUUGACCUGUAAAUUCUUGCCAGGUGGUGUUCUGGUGAUAGUUGGUACUAGGAGUGGUCAAUUACAAUUGUUUGAUCUUGCAUCUUCAACUAUAUUAGAAAAUAACGAAGAAGCUCACGAUGCCGCAAUCUGGUCUCUUGACAUUACUUCUGAUGGUAGGAGAUUGGUUACAGGAUCAGCAGAUAAAACAGUCAAAUUUUGGAAUUUCAUUGUGGAAGAAAAGAAAGUCCCUGGUACAACCGAUAAGUUGAUCCCUACGAUGAGUCUUCAUCACGAUACUACUUUAGAGAUGAGCGAUGACAUAUUGAGUGUGAAGAUUUCACCAGAGAACAAGUUGUUAGCAGUUUCACUGUUGGAUAACACGGUCAAGGUCUUUUAUUUGGAAACUAUGAAAUUUUUCUUAAGCUUGUACGGUCAUAAAUUACCAGUAUUGUCGAUUGACAUUUCCUUUGAUUCUAAACUUAUCAUCACUUCUUCGGCAGAUAAGAACAUUAAAAUAUGGGGUUUAGAUUUUGGUGAUUGUCAUAAAUCACUUUUCGCCCAUCAAGACUCUAUUAUGAACGUAAAAUUUUUACCAGAAUCCCAUAAUUUCUUCAGUUGUUCUAAAGAUGCAACUGUUAAAUACUGGGACGGUGAUAAAUUUGAAACGAUUCAGAAGCUAGCUGGCCAUCAGAGUGAAGUUUGGGCUUUAGCGGUAGCUAGGAGUGGUACUUGCGUCAUAUCUGUUUCCCAUGACAGCAGUAUAAGAGUUUGGGAAGAAACUGAUGAUCAAGUGUUUUUAGAAGAAGAACGUGAAAGAGAAUUGGAGGAACAAAAUGAAGAAGGUCUACUGACCUCGUUAGAGGAAGGUUCUGGGGAUUCGGCUUUCAAGCAAGAUGAAAAGGAUGAUGAUCAUGAUGAUGCAGUCGAUGUGCAUAAGCAGACCGUGGAGUCCUUAAAGGCUGGUGAAAGAUUAAUGGAAGCAAUUGAUUUGGGGAUCCCAGAGAUAGAGGCAUGGGAAAUUUACGAGAAGGAAUUACAACUUUGGAAGAAGAAGAAACAGGGUGUGGAGCCUGAGAGACCACAAGAUAAUGCUAUUUUGUUGGCCAUUAACAAAAGACCAGAAGAAUAUAUCAUGGACACCUUAGUGAGGAUAAAACCAUCACAAUUAGAAGACGCCUUAUUGACACUUCCUUUUUCAUACGUUUUGAAAUUCUUAAAGUUCCUAGAUACUGUGCUCCAGGACAAGAAAUUACUCCACAAUCAUUUGUCGCUUAUUUGCAAGAACCUAUUCUUCAUAGUUCAAUCAAAUCAUCGGGAAUUAGUGUCUCAAAAGAAUGAAGAACUGAAGCAAAGAAUUACUAGAGUAAAGAACGAACUUAGAGAAGCAUUGAAAAACAACGAAGACGAUCUAGGGUUCAACAUUGAAGGACUAAAAUUCAUUAAACAACAAUGGAACCUCAAGCACAACUAUGAAUUUGUUGAUGAAUUUGACCAAAGGAAGCAAGCAGAGAAAACCGCGAAGAAGAGAGUUUUCGAAACUCUAAGUUAA